CCAAAUGUCACUGAAUAUAUCUACUAUUUUCUUUGUCACGGUCAAAAAAUAUUUUUAAUUUAAUAUUAAAUCAAACUUAGCAAAAUAAUAACUAUAAAUUCUUCUUAAUACUAUGAAACGCAGUCUAGUAGAAUAUUUCUCUGAGCGCGAUGGAUAUAAAUGUGGUUACUGUAAGAAACCAAAUUCGAACUAUAGCCAUGGAAUGUGGGCCCAUAUGAUGACUGUUCAUGACUAUCAAGAUUUGAUCGACAGAGGAUGGAGGCGUUCGGGGCAAUACUGCUAUAAGCCAAUUCUUGAUGUUGUGUGCUGUCCUAUGUAUACUAUAAGAUGCAGAGCUUUAGAGUUCAAAACAUCAAAAUCACAGAAAAAGGUCAUGAAACGGUUCAAUAGGUAUCUAAUGGGGCUGGAUGACAUUUCUGAAUACAGGCGAAUGUCGAGCAGCAAUGAGGAUAUGACAAAUACUGCAGGCAGAGAACAGUUUGUUGAGAGUAGAAGAGCCCAUCAGGAUAUCAAUAUUGGUGAUGUGGAUAUUUCCUUUAUUGAUCAACCAGAGUCCAUCAAUGAAGAAACACCAGAUGCCAUGUCUACACAAAGUACAACAUCAAGCAGUCCUAAACCAAAAGUUAAAAAAGAACAAGUUGCAGGCCCAGAUCCCACAAAGGCCCCUUGUAAAAAAGCUAAGCAAUUAAGGAGAGAGAGGAUGUUGGAAAAACUAAAAAAGAAAGGCAUUGACGUGAGCACUGUGGCUAAUAGCAAUAAAAAUAAUGAAAAGCAAAUAGAAGAUUUCAUAAAUGAGCUGCCUAGUGAAGUGAAAAGAAAGCUUGAGAUAAAACUCGUUAGAACAAAACCGCCUAGUCCAGAGUGGAUAGCAACAUCCAAAGAGACUCACAAUCUCUAUGUAAAAUAUCAAAUGGCAGUCCACGGCGAUAGACCUGAGAAAUGUUCCGAAUCACAAUUCACUGAAUUUUUAGUGCAAAGUCCUUUAUUGGAAGAACAUUCCGAAGAGGCUCCCCCGUGCGGCUAUGGCUCUUUCCACCAACAGUACUGGCUUGAUGGGAAACUAAUAGCCGUCGGAGUUAUAGACAUCUUGCCUAAAUGUGUGUCUUCUGUAUAUUUCAUGUACGAUCCUCAGCACAUGAACUUAACUUUGGGAACCUAUGGCGCUUUAAGGGAGAUAGCGUUCACGAGACAUUUGCACACGCUAUGUCCACAGCUGCAAUACUACUACAUAGGCUACUACAUCCACACGUGUCCUAAAAUGCGAUACAAGGGAAACUUCAACCCCUCUGAUCUCCUUUGCCCCGAGACCUACAAGUGGUUCCCUUUGAAAGAUUGUACACAAAAGUUGGAAGUCACGCCUUAUUCGAGAUUUGACCCGGACAUUGACAGUAUCGAUGAAAACUGUGGCACUGAAAGUGAUAUAAAUAACAUACCCGUGCUAUACGGAGGCGAGGUUUUGCCUUUCAAAGUGUACAGGCGAAAAAGUGCCAAGAAAAACGAUAUCGAAGAAAUUCUUGAGUACGCGCGGCUGGUCGGUACUAAAACAGUCAAGCGGAUGAUCAUAUUUAGGUCAUAAACUAAUAUAUUUGUUUGUGUAUUAUUAUAGUUAUUGGUUGUUAUUAUUGCGUUUAAGCACUAGUCACAGAACAAUUCCGUUACGGGACAGUGUCGUUGAUUUAGUACAGGGUGUAAGUGAGUAGGGACAUGCUAAAAAAAACUACUAGGUAUUUAGUAUGUAAUUCUGAGUUCUACAGCAUUGGAAUUUUUCAUUUAUACAUUAUCAAAGUUAUGAACUUUGACAGUGUAUUUUUUAAUUUUUUUUAUAACACAACAAUACUAAUUGUACAACAUGGUUUAUUUCGUAAAUAUUAGGUCCAUUCACUGACUAGCCGAAGAUUUAAGAAAGGAUUCUUUCAUAAAAAGUAUCAAGAUUUAAGAAAACAUCCUGAGAAAUUUUUCAACUAUUUCCGGAUGUCAGUAGCUAGGCCCCGAUAAAAGUUUGCAUAUUGCACGGCCCACACAUUACCACUAAAACACAACUACUCUUUAAGACUGUGUGCCGAAUAAUGACAAGACCGCUCGCAGUUACCGCGUCAAAUGUGUGCGUGCCAAUAUAAGUUCUAUGGACUACAAACGGCGCGGUUUCUUCCCGCUAGCCAUUCUGUAACAAAACGCGGUUUUAAAAUCAGUCGCGGAAAAAAACCGUCAGUGUGGCCGCUUCCAUUAGUUUCCUUUACUCACAAAAUCGGGCGGUCAGAAUCCGUGGCGGUUUAGCCGUAGUGCGGCCUCUCUCUAAUUGAAGCAAAUAGUGGCGGUCCUUGAUUGGAACCCUAGUACUUUAAAGUUAAGAGGUAUUUGUUAUUUAAAGCAUAUAAAAAGCAUAUUGGAGAUACAAGUGCAAACUAUUCAUAAAGUUUUCUGUAGCAUAUUCCUUAUACCCUGUAUAAAACAUGACGUCCACGGCACAGACCGUUUUGCGGAAUUUCGAUGAUUUAAAAUUUUUUCAAAAGACGUGAUUUCGAAUCACGCCGCAAGUUUUUGCGAGCAAGCUCGCAGCUUUUGACGAUGCGUUGCGCGUUGCAGUUUUGUGAAUAGGCGUUAAGGGGCAUGAGACGGGUCUGCCCGCGAAAUUCAAAUUUAUUUUAGUUUUUCGCAAUUUGUAAACUAAUACGACAAAGUAGGCUUAUGGCACUUGAAUUGCGCCAAUGGCAGUAUCAUCCUCACAGGUUUAUAUAAAAAUCUUUACUUGAAAGGGUCCAGUUUAAGAAAUUACUGCCAUUGUUGGAAUUAGAAAGCCAUAGUCCUACUGUGUCGUAUUAAUUUACAAACUGCGAAAAACCAAAUUAAAUUUGAAUUUCGCGGGCAGGCCCGUCUCUGAUCGAUUGUGGAAAGGCUGCACCAAUCAUUGCUGCCAGUCAAUGGCUAUUGUAAUAAUGAUUGAUACAUGUUUUCCGGAAUCGACCUACUGUUCUAACUUCUAAGUUCUAAUAGGUAUUUAUUUAGUAUUUAAUGUUUCUGUAUAACAGUAACUUAGCAUGUAUGUACUUAAAUACAUUCAAGCAUUUCAUUCGCCCCACCUUAUUGUGCAUAAAGGUGUAACCAUCAACCUUAGUUACAUUGUUAACUGAUAGUUAAUUGAAUAUAAUAUAUUAUUAUCUAACGCGUUAAA